CCACGCGCGAGCGCCGUUCUGACAAAGACAGCUCCUGAAAGAUCCUACAUCUCACAGUUCCUCUCAUUCGCACAUGCCGCUCACUCUCUAGUAGACCACCCUCCUCUCUCGCCUUCCUCAUGCUCUUGGCUGCAUCCAUCUGAUCGAAUCCUCUCAUUCCUUCUUGAUCCCUAAUGGACUUUGUAACAUACCAGUUCGACUCGCCGGCGCAGUUCUACGCAGAGCUUAAGGAUGUGUUGGACGGAGGUGGGUUUUAUGACAGCCCUGAAUCCCAGGUCGGUGUCUUUAUUUCAUUAAUUGUGCUCUAUCAAGAUGAAUUCCUGGAUGGAUCCGGUCAAGAUUUGGCACAAUGCUGCUAUCGCCUGUUUGAUUCAAAUGUCUUCCAGCGGUAUAUGGAGAUAAUCACCCGGUCGAUCAUAGACCGGGCUAUCCAAAGCCCGGAGGACAAGGAUAUGUGGAUCACAUACCAAGUAUUAAUUUACGCCGGCAAGGAGUUCCCCAAGGUCUUUCAUUGGAUGCUCAAGAGCGAGUUCUUUGCAAAGUUGAAAUAUCAGAUCCUGAAGCAGGAAGGCACAAGAAUGCAACCCCUGGCUGUCAAUAUAAUGUAUGAGAUGUGCCGAGUGCAACAGCUGAAAGAAUGCGAUCUAGCUCUGGUGGAUGAAGUGUUUUUGCAUUACCUCCUAGACCUUGUCGAACGGACACGGACAGAUGAAACCGAGACCUUAAACUACAGUGCGAUCAAAUUACUCUUGGUCUUCAACGAACAGUUUAUGCUCUACAUGUCAGAUCGAUCCCACUAUACCCAGGUCGGGAACAAACCUGCCUACACCGGGAAUCCACUACUCACCGUCCUCACUGACCGACCGGGACUCAGCUGUACCUUUGGCGAAAACCUGAUCUUCAUUUUGAACCGAGCAGAGGAAACUGCGCUCCAGAUGUUGAUUUUGAAGCUCCUAUACCUCCUGUUCACAAAUCCAAAUCUCUACGAAUUUUUUUACACCAACGAUCUCCAUGUCCUUGUCGACGUUGUUAUCCGCGAACUCUGGGAUCUCCCCAAGGAGGAGGAAUCCCUUCGCCAUGCUUACCUCCGCGUUAUGGGACCUUUGUUGACCAAUACCCAACUCAAACGUGCCACCUACAAACGCGCCGAGAUCUUUCGCCUGCUUCGGGACCUGGGCGGCGGAGAUAUGGAUUCAACACUGCGACGACAACUGUACGAACAGCAGCUAAAGGAAGACUUGCUGGAACAGGAGCGCGCUCAGCAUGCAAAAGUGACAUACAGAGAUCGCCUCAGCAGCAGUAGUAGUACCGGCAGUAAUACAUCGUUGGCGCGGUGGGCAUCAGAUCGGAGUGGGUGCUCCAGUCCAGUGCUCUCGUUUGAAGUUGAGCAUAGGAAGCGGCAAUUGGGGCACAGCAAGUUGUCGAACGACAGCAGUUCGAGCUCGCUUAAAGUGCCAGGGCAGGAGGAGGCCGAAGAAAGGGCACGAUACCAUUUAUCACAGCAGCAGCUGUCGCAAUCGCCAACACAGGAAGAGAGCGCAUUGAUCAAGAUUGAGCAGCCUGAGCCAGAAAGGAAGGAGCCUCAGCCUCGGGCUACAAGUCCGACGACUUUGCGGCUUGUGGAACGCGUGCUUCGGGAGUGGUUGGACAAUGAGAUGAGGAAUGGGGCGGGUACCACAGGUGCGGGACUAUCGGUGCGUGGAAUAACUGAUAGGUGAGCGGCCGAGGCUCCAGGGUAAUUUCAAUAAAAAGAACCUUGAUUUAACC